AUGGCUGAAUUACACAUCUCGUCUACCCUCCCGCUCAAAUCGGGCCAUAACAUCCCGAUCCUGGGAUUCGGCACCUGCGCCAGCGCAACCUGUACCCAGUCUGCCCUGGUGGCCCUCAACAACUCGUACCGGCACCUCGACACGGCCCAGAUCUACAAGAACGAGGCCGAGACGGGCGCCGCCAUCGCACAGAGCCAGAUCGAUCCUUCCGAGCUGUUCGUGUGCUCCAAGCUCUGGGAGGACAUGUACUCCCGUGAAGGCGCACUCGCGGGCGUCGAGGCCUCGCUGAAGAAACUCGGCCUCAAGUCCAUCGACCUGUAUCUGCUGCAUACCCCUCGACCAGGACCCCUGGCGAGGAAGGAAGCAUGGCUGGGGCUCCAGGACGCGGUAGAGAAAGGCCUAGUCAAGAGCAUCGGUGUCUCCAACUGGGCGCCGAAGCACAUCGAACAGCUCAUGACCGAGCAAGGCGUCUAUAUCGAACCGGUCUGCAAUCAGAUCGAACUGCACCCCUGGAACCAACAGCGGCAGCUUGUGUCGUACUGCAAGGCCAAGGGCAUCGUGGUGGUGGCGUAUUCGCCUCUCACACGGGGACGCCGGCUGAACGACGCGACCAUCGUCUCACUCGCCGAGAAGUACGGCAGGUCCCCUGCGCAGAUCGUCCUGCGGUGGGGACUGCAGAAAGGCUUGGUCGUCAUCCCCAAGAGCGAUCGGGAACAUCGAAUCAUCGAGAACAAAGGGAUUUUCGGCUGGGAGAUUUCCAAAGAGGAUGUCGAAGUAAUUGACGGGCUCGAUGAGGGACAGAAGGCGAAUCUAGGAGAGUGGGAUCCAUAUGCCUGGGAUUGA